AUGCAAGCGUCCGUGCGCCUCUCCUCCUCCGCCGCCUUCAGGAAAGUGAUCGCUGGUGUCUCUAGCGCCACCACACGGUCGUGCUACUGGACCUCCCGGGGGAAGGCGCAUGCGGCGCCGCUGCCUGCGCAGGAGCCGCCACUGAAGGGGCAGAAGAGGGCUACAAAACAGGAGAGGAAGGUUCGGAUAAUGGAAUUCGUUGAGAAUUAUAGGGCAUCAAAUGAAGGCAAGUUUCCUACUAUAACAAAUAUCCGUCAGCAAAUUGGAGGCAGACAUUACACAGUGUAUGAGGUACUUUCAGAAAUGAAGUAUAAUCAUGCAAAAUUACAACUGGGUAAUCCUAAGGCAGCUCCACUUCAAGGAACAGUUGAAGUCACUGAGCACCCCAUGCAAAAAGAUGAAGCCAGAGUGCUUGAAAGUCAAGUUUCUGAGCAGUCCAAGGCCGAGGAUGAUGCUGAAGUGGCUCAACAUCAAGGAACAGUUGAAAUUUCUGAGAACUCCUUACCUAAGGAUGAAGGUAAGGUGGAUCAGUUUCAAGGAACAGAGAGUGAGAGCUUUAAGGAUCUAAUGGACAAACCAGACCCUGGAAAUCAGCAAAGGGAAAUAGAAGCUAACAAAUUCAAUUUGAAGAAUUCUGAAAAAUCCCUGGAUGCAAAUGCUUCAAAUGCAUCAGAUGAAAGUGGAAGUGACAUGACCAAUGAGGCAAAGACACAUGCCAGAGAUGACAACCCAAAGCAUGAGGAAUCCGCAAACACGGGUCUUUUGGGCAGCCUGAAAUCUUUUGCUUAUGGCAUCAGAAACUUCUGGAAAAAUAUGUAA